AAGUGGCUGGAUUCAUCCCUACGGGUGGGGCAAAAAAGGUCAGUGAUAUACCCCACACCCUCGCCAAGUUUUCGGAGCAGCAGCAAAUCAACAAGUCAAGCCAUCCAAUAUCACGACGACCUUAUUUCUCGGCAUCAACUUAUCAGAAUUCAGUUUCAGACAAUUUUCUCCCAAAUUCUACGAUUCUUCGACAUCUGCCUGCAAUUUCGCAUUUCAGUUUCAGUGAAGCUUGUAGUGGAAAAUGGAGAUUCAUGAUGUUUUGGGCGAUUCACGACCUGUCCAACUUGCGACCAAGAGUGCGAUUUAUGUUUGGGGUUAUAACCAACGUGGGCAAACGGGUAGAAAGGAUAAAGAAUCCCAGUUGAGGAUCCCAAAGAGUUUGCCUCCCGAGCUUUUUGGGUGCCCGGCAGGAUUCAAUUCUCGCUGGUUGGAUAUUGCCUGUGGUCGUGAGCAUACUGCGGCUGUGGCCUCUGACGGUUCACUUUUCACUUGGGGGGCAAACGACUUUGGUCAGCUGGGGGAUGGAACUGAAGAAGGUAGAAAACAUCCGCAAAAGGUACAAUUAUUGCAGACAGAAUUUGUGAAAUCUGUAUCUUGUGGAGCACAUUGUACAGCUGCAAUUGCAGAACCUUGUGAAAAUGAUGGGACUAUCUCAACCAGUAGACUUUGGGUGUGGGGGAAAAAUCAGGGCUCAAACUAUCCAUGUUUAUAUUGGGGAGCCUUUACUCCAAACACGGUACAUUAUAUGAUGCUUCUUUUUAAUAUUCAUCUUUUAUAAUCUUAGGCUUCUAUG